AUGGCGACGGUGUGGAAAUGGGGAUAUUGCCAAUCCCCCUUGGGCUUCUUAGUGCACAUCUUUCAAAUGGACUACGGCUCCUCACUGAUCGAAGACGUCAAUGCAGCUCCCGCAACGAUUUUCGGAAUGUUGAAUCAUUUCUUUCUUCUUAUGCAUUGGGAGUUCGCUGGAAUUUUCGGAUUCAUUCUCGCUGCAAUCGGUUUCGUGUAUUUGAUCAUGCAGAGACCUUCUUUGGUGGGACAAGACCCACACAAACCCCUCAAUACGAUGCUGAUUUCUCGACUCUGGCUUCAGCCUUCCCUGUUCUACAUUCUUUUCAUCUCCGUCGGCGUCAAUGCUAUCAUUGAAGGGAUUGUCACCAUUCAAGCAGAACUUGAUCGACCCCCUGAAAUUGUUUUUGAACUUUUAAAUAUGGGCGUCGCGGAAUUGCUGACGUUUAUUAUCCUACUGGUUUCUUCUGUUCGCGGUUACAUGUACAACGAUCGCUCGCAGAUGGGCAUUUUCGAAAGGUUUUCUCAUCAGACGCUUACAAUGCUUCCGAAAAACGCGCUCGUUCUUACAGUGGGCGAGAGUCUUUUUACUGGAAUGGAGUAUUUUCAAAUCGUCGAAGACUACAGGAGCGACUUAGACCUGGUUGACUCGAAGAUGCUUACGCACCACUGGUGGCUCCGAAAUAAGCAGAAGAAGAUGAAUCGGGUCAAGAUUCCGAAGAAAGAAUACGGCGAUGGAUUUUAUAAAGAGUCAAAUCCAGCACAAAUUGUUAUAGAUCGAAUAGACUUUUGUAAGGCCAAUCAGCAAAGAAUGAUCUUCAUCUGUGGCGCGGACAGGGAUCUCGAGGAGAUCGAGAAAACGGCGAAGGAGAGAGAUUCCGAUUUUGAGGUUAUACCGUGGGGCCACUGCGACCAGAUAUUCAUCAAAUCUAACUACACUUUUGGAGAAACCGACAUCGCAAAGGCUGGAAGUUUCAUAGAGCGACACAAUACUCUCAUCAAAUCUUCUGCUUGGUUUCUUUCUCCUCCAUUCACUACGAGAAUUCCUCUUCAUCUAUGGGAGUACGAGAUCAACCAUCUUAUGUGGCACAUGAAGACUCGUCUUGCUAGAGCUGCUUUUGAUGCUGGUGAAGAGGCGCUAGAUAAUGGGGAUAUAGAUAUGGCACUGAUAAACUUCGACCAAAGCUACAAAAUCUACAGAACCGAGCAAGAUGCAAUAAACUUAAACAAGCCUAAAUGGGUGAAGGAAGACGAGUGGGUUCCACCAGAGUGGCAUCGCAACAUGGCAUUGAUUCACACGCGUUUAGCGUCUCACGGCGGCCCCAAUUUCGUUAACAGCUACAAAAUCGCAAGGAUGGAAAUGACAGCUUUCUUAGAAAGUGCCAAACGCCUUAGAAGACGGAUUCCUUGGAAAAUUGAACUGCAAAAAAUUAAAGUUCUGGAUGCUGUUAUCCAAUCCAAUGGCGCUAAAACUAUUGCGGACGUCGAAAAAGAGCUUGCGGAUGCAGAAAAUAUCGCUGGAUCUGACGAGUCAGAAGGCAAACAACAUCUUCCGUACACAAACGACCUUUGA